UAUUUGAACUUUUGCAAUUUGUAUCACUUAGUUUUUCUGAUUUGAUUAUGUAUUUUCAGCAUCAAUAUUGGGUUCUUUCUUAUAAGAACAAUAUUUUAGAGACGUGAUAGGAAAAUGAGGUUUUGUUCAGUUAACUGCAUGCAAUGGACUUCUUUUCCAUGCUUUAACCUUAUGCUAAGUUUUCUCCAUCCUGGUCUUAGAUUUUUCUGGCAGGCUUAAGAAAACUGACUCAUUAUUUGGUAUUUAUAAUCACGAGAAUUAUAUGCCACACUAUUGGAUAUAUUUGUGUCUACCUUUGACAUGCUUUUGACACACUGUUAUUUUCCCUAUUACAUUUCAGUGGUCUCAUUUUCUUUCUGUUUCUUUAAUUUGUAAUUAAUAUAAGGUGGAAAAUCGGGGAUGAUCUUGCCAAAACAAUAACCUUACCUGAUCUUUUGUUUUAUUGUCUGUAGCGAGCAAAUAUCGUCCUUGUACUGGAGGCCGAUGGAGCCUAAUGGUCAUAGGAAAGUGAGGAGAAAGGAUAAUUAUGUUCAAGAAAAUGGGGACACAAGUCAGUCAAAUGCCGGUGAUGAACUAGAUCCAUGGACUGCAUGGGCAUACAGGCCUCGGACCAUUUCAAUGUUACUUAUUGGCGCAUGUUUUCUUAUUUGGGUAAGUGGAGCCCUAGAUCCAGAAAGCAGUGCAUCUGGAGAUCUUGUUACAUCUGUAAAAAGGGGUGUAUGGGCAAUGAUUGCAGUUUUUCUUGCUUAUUGCUUGCUGCAAGCCCCAUCUACGGUUCUUAUCAGACCACAUCCUGCAAUUUGGCGCUUGGUUCAUGGAAUGGCUGUUGUUUACCUUGUUGCUCUCACAUUUUUGCUUUUCCAGAAGCGCGAUGAUGCUCGGCAGUUUAUGAAGUUUCUCCAUCCUGAUCUUGGUGUUGAACUUCCAGAAAGAUCUUAUGGUGCUGAUUGUCGCAUAUAUUUGCCUGAAAAUCCUAAAAGCAGGUUUAAGAAUGUUUAUGAAACACUUUUUGAUGAAUUUGUUGUAGCUCAUAUAGUUGGGUGGUGGGGAAAGGCUAUACUGAUCCGUAAUCAGCCCCUUCUGUGGGUGCUUUCCAUUGGAUUUGAGUUGAUGGAGCUUACCUUCCGCCACAUGUUACCAAAUUUCAAUGAAUGCUGGUGGGACAGUAUUAUUCUUGACAUUUUGAUCUGCAACUGGUUUGGUAUCUGGGCAGGAAUGCAUACGGUUAGAUACUUUGAUGGAAAAACAUACAAGUGGGUUGGUCUAAGUCGACAGCCUAAUAUUAUUGGAAAAGUCAAACGAACACUGGGACAAUUUACACCAGCUCAGUGGGACAAAGAUGAGUGGCAUCCCUUGCUUGGUCCAUGGCGUUUCAUUCAAGUCCUCACUCUUUGCAUUGUAUUCAUGACUGUAGAGCUCAAUACAUUCUUUCUUAAGUUCUGUCUAUGGAUUCCGCCGCGGAACCCCUUGAUUGUGUAUAGGUUGAUCUUGUGGUGGCUAAUUGCAAUUCCAACAAUUCGCGAGUACAAUUCAUACCUUCAAGAUCGAACACCAGUGAAGAAGGUUGGGGCAUUUUGUUGGCUUUCCGUAGCUAUUUGCAUUAUUGAACUUCUGAUUUGCAUAAAGUUUGGACAUGGAUUGUAUCCUAAACCAAUGCCACUAUGGAUGGUAACGUUUUGGAUGUCUGCUGGAGUGGCCCUUGUAUUAUUUUUGAUUGUUUGGUCGUGGCAACUGCAUCGAAGUUUAGGGAGAAAGAGGCGAUGAUUUUACUAUUGUGGUACAUCAUUCUUUGAUUGCUUCCUUGCCCCUGGUCUCAAGGUUAUCGAUCCAUGCUGUAAAUAUUUAUCACCCUUUAUUAAUUGUACAUCCUGAUUCUCUUUUAGAUUAGCGGAUCACAGUUCCUUGAGUAGAAAAUAUUUAUUCUUUCUUGCUAGCCAGGCUGUUGCAGAUACUUUAAGGCUCGGAAAUUACUGGUUUGCCACUAUUACUGGCAGGUUUUUUCCGAGUCUGAGGAUGAGCCAUUUUGAACUACCAAUUCCUUAAUGUUGUAAUGUUGUAGGUUUUUUAUUUUAUGGGUUAUAACUUAUAAAAUUGUCAGUAAAAGAUUUCAUAUAUGUAAUAAUGUACCAAAUGACAAUGGAAGCUUUCGUUCUACCAUUUUAAUGAUGGAA